GGCCCCGGGACCGCGGCUGUCGCCCGGCAGCAACUUUGCAGCCUCCUUCCCAGAAUAUCAUCUUCCUGAGGGAAGGAGGCUGAAGUGCUACGUAAGAUGUUUGUGCUUCAUGAAUCCGAGAAGCUACAGAUUCUAUAUGAAUCCUUGGAAAAGAACAUCCCUGAAUCCUUGAAGGUAUAUGGCACCAUUUUCAACAUUAGAAAUAAAAACCCAUUCAACAUGGAGGUGCUGGUGGAUGCCUGGCCAGAUUAUCAGAUGGUCAUUACUCGGCCUCGGAGAGAGGAGAUGGAGGAUGACCUGGAUCAUUACACCAACACUUACCACAUCUUCACCAAAGCUCCUGACAAUUUAGAGGAGGUCCUGGCAUGCCCCCAGGUUAUCAAUUGGGAACAAACCUUCCAGAUCCAAGGUUGCCAGGAAAGUGUGGACCAAGCGAUAAGAAAGGUUGCAGCUUCAAAAUCUGUGCAAGUGGAUUACAUAAACACCAUGCUUUUUACCUUACAAACACUAGUGAAAGGCAAGACUUCAAGUGAUGACAAGAUGGAAUUGCUGGAGUUGUUUAAAACGCAUAAAGUGGAUGAAGAUAACAAGGAAAGAAACUUUCCAGGCAUUUUCUUGGAUGCCUCACAUGCAGGUCUUAUAAAUGAACAGUGGCAAUUUGGAAAAAAUGAGAGGAGCUUGAAAUAUAUUGAACGCUGCCUCCAGAAUUUUCCAGGAUUUGGUGUGCUGGAUCCAGAGGGGCAGCCUAUCUCUUGGAUUGUGAUGGAACAGUCCUGUGAGUUGAGGAUGGGUUACACUGUCCCCAAAUACCGCGGCCAAGGCAACAUGUGGCAAAUUGGUUAUAGCCUUACAGAGUAUCUUUAUCAGAAAAAAGUUCCAUUUUAUUUACAUGUGGCAAGUGAUAAAGAGAAAGUCCAACAGACACUGAGAAGUUUUGGGUUUAAGCUUAGUGCUUGUGGCUGGCAUCAGUGGAAAUGCACCCCCAAGAAAUAUUGUUGAUUGGUACUAUUGCCCAUUUCAAACCUUCUUAUCAGUGGAAAAACAUUAAUACAAACACAAACACAAACACAGUGAUCUACAUUAGC